GGGGGAGCUGCCUGUUGAGGGGGGAAGCCCAGGUUGUGGGUGGCCUGGGGCUGCGAAACGACACUAUGGGCCAAGGGCAGGUGUGUUGCUGCAGGCAGAUUUGGGCUGUUUCGCUCUGUGAGUGGUUUUAUCACAUUUGCAGAUGUUUGCUGCGCUCAUAGGUGCCUCUUCCCCCUUCCUGCAUGGUGGCUGAGCUUUCACACGUGGUUUGGGCUCGGAGUGCAAGAGCAUCGUGCCACCCGUACCGAGCUGGAGAAGCGCCGAGCUGCGCAGCACAGCCGGGCGCUCGCGAGGCAGGGAAGUGGCAUGGAGGCGAAGAGGAGCCUGGUGCUGCUCCUCGCGCUGCUGAUCCCCUCGUCGGCCGAGCCAGCAGCCCGGGGCUGGUUCCAGCCUUCGGUCGUCGGCGGGGACGAGGCCAAACCUCACUCCAGGCCCUACAUGGUGUCCAUCCAGUUCGGGGGCACUCACGUCUGCGGGGGAGCGCUGGUGCACAAGCAGUGGGUGCUGACGGCCGCCCACUGCGUCUCCCAGCCCUCGAGAGGAAGGUGCCGCUGAGCAGGACGCGGCGGCUCAUCGGGCUGCGGCGGCGGGAGCCGGCGCCCGGGGCGGCGUGCAGCGUGGCGGGCUGGGGCGGCAGCCGGCGGGGCCGGCUGGCGCCCCGGCUGCAGCAGCUCCAGGUCACGGUGCUGGACGCGCGGAUGUGCAACAACAGCCGCUUCUGGGCCGGCGCGAUCGCCCCCACCAUGAUCUGCUUCCAGGGCUGCCGGCAAGGCUCGGCGCCCACCAAGGGCGACUCCGGGGGCCCCUUGGUGUGCGGGAGGAAGGCGGCCGUGGCCGGCGUGAUUUCCUUCACCGGCCGAAACGUCACGGACCCCUUCAAGCCGCCGGUCGCCACGUCGGCGGUGAAGCACCAGAAGUGGAUCAGGAAAACGCUGCGCGGCGGCUGCGCCCGGCCCCCGGCGUGGGGCAGACAGACCCCCCCCCAUUUACACAGGGAGGUGCCGGGAACCGCCGGGAUCAGGGCGGCGUGGCAGGGGCGAGGGGCCCAGACCCUUUCCCUGGAGCUGGGCACCCCCCAGAGCUGGCUCAGCACCCCGGUCCCCGGCCCCACACCGCCGCCGCCCUCCGAGCAUCGCCCGCCGGCUGCCAGCACCCCGUGCACCCAGCUCCCCGCCGCCACGGCGUGACCCAGCGCCAGCUCCUUCGCACCGCAACGCGGGGCCCCGCGCCCCCCCCCCCCCCCCGCUCUGACCCGUGACGCCUCCCUGCUGCCAUCCUGAGCUGCGUUUCCAAGCCAGCGACCCCCCCCCCCCCCCUUUUAAUAAAUUGGCUGAUUACUGGCA